GGGACGCAGAAGCCUGAUGGAGGGACCCGCCAAGAAGGAGCAGCGAGCGAUGGACCCCGGUGGCGUGAAGGAGAAGGAGGAAAAGGUGGAAGAGGAGGCAGGAGAAGAAGAGGGAGAAGAGGAGGAGGAGGAGGAAAUUACCGCCGCAACCCUGCGGGGCAAACCCCGACCUUUGCCCAUCUCAGCGAUAUCAGCUUUCAGCUACAUCCCUCCACGGCAUCAGGGCCCCAAGGAGCACAGCUACUUCAGUCGCGAGGGCCAGACAGGGAUUGUCUCCCUCUAUGACUGUGUUUUUAAGAGGAGACUAGAUUAUAACCAGAAAUUACAUCGAGAUGACAGAGAACAUGCAAAGAACCUGGGGCUUCAUAUUAAUGAGGAGGAACAGGAAAGGACUGUGCCAGUGCUGAUGUCCUCUGUUUAUGGGAAACGCAUUAAUCAGCCCAUUGAGCCCCUAAACAGAGACUAUGGCCGUGUGAACCAUGUACGGACCGACUUCUACAGGAAGAAUGACAUCCCCAGCAUCAAGACACCUGGCUUUGGGCACAUCACUCCAGCCUGAAGCAGUUGUGUGGUUUAUAGGGCACUCUGAGGUACCCUGUCAGCAAGUAAGGUAGUAUUGGAACCCAUUUUCCUGUUCAUGUCACCUGUAGCCGCAAGGAGGAUAAGCACACACAUAUCUAAGGUGGUCCUGGCUCAGAACCUGGGCAAGCACCUUUACUCAUGUUAAAAGCUUUAGUGUAAAGAUUUUCACUGGACUUGUUUAAAAUGACACUGACUGAUUCAUUCUGAGACUGUGAAUAAAAGAAAGCUUGCCUCCCA